AUGUGUGCGCGGGCCCGGCACGUGGCAGUUUUAAGCUGGUGUGUUUGGGCCGCUGUCGCCGAACGGCAUGAGGAUGCGACAAGUUGGCUACAGUUUUCAAGGGACUCGCAGUCGCAGUCUACCUGUGGUGCCAGUGAUGUAGGUUGCCAAGCACAACAACUUGCUUGUAGCAUGGCCACACAGAUAGAAGUAGAUUGGCCGGUUUCGUCAUAUCAGCAGCUGAAGGACAUCCAGGUCCAGCUGCAACAGGUUUGUCAAGGUGCUGCACCGACGGAGCCGACCACCGUCCUCCUACAAACGGACAAGCAGCAGGACAAGCACGAGGACGGGGCUUCGAGGCAGCGACAGGAUCGCGAGGAAGGGAGCUUUACUUGCCCUGCAGCGCAACAAUGCGCCAUAGACGUAGUGACCUAUGAACAACAAAAUCCCGGCGUGAAGUAUGCCAAUCAGGGGGAGAAAACAGUGGCAAGGACCGCUGUCGAUACCCUGAAAGAGGUCUUGAAGAGUGCGGGGAUCAUUGCUCUUAAGGGAUCUAUUGCGUUUGGGCUCAUUGGCAAUAUCUUGAACAACUUCUUCCCAAGUGCUGGGGGCCUUCCAAGCAAUCCCUGCACCUAUGCCACAUCAGACUGGGGCAAGUGUGUGUGGCAACAAAUCAUGCCUUUUGUGCAAAGCUUUGUGGCUCAACAGAUUGAUAAAGCUUUUGAAAGCUUGUGGACCAAGACCAUCCAGGGCUACCAGUUGAGGUUGUGGACAUUGAAUGCCACGGCUUACAAAAACUCAGCACAUUAUCCCAAUGGAACCGUGCAAUCGAUGUCGAACAUCACCAGAGACCGGAUGUAUACCGACCUGGGUGCCGUCCACAAUGCCAUGAUCGGUGACAUCAAUUUGUUCAUGACUGGCUAUGCCAUCAACACCACGGCCGGCGCCUAUUUAGCUCGCUUUGCGACAUUGCACGUGGGUGUGAUGAACAACUUGCUGAGCUAUCCCACUUACCGAACGGCAGGUGACAAAUACGUCUUCCAGACCAUCACCACAUGCUACGCCCAGAGUGUGUAUCAAGCUGCCACUCAAGCCUUCAAGGCUCGGAUGGCCACUUUCUCACAAACCCUCAAAACCAGCUAUGCACAAUGUGGAGGGCUUGAGCCCGGUCUGUGCGCCUUGUGGAGCGGCGAUUUCAAAGACACUUGGACGAGCUGCUCUUGGGCCUUCUCUGCGUCAGCGAUCAGCUGUGUGUCAGGGAGCUGCAUCCCGCCCACGGAUCCCAAUACUCCAAUAGCGGCGGGGACAUGCUUCAGCCAGCACAAGGCCUGGGUGGAGAAUCAAACCGUUGCUGCCUGGAGCAAUUGGCUUGCACUGAUUCCGUGGUGGUUGAGCAAUGUCUUAGUGAUGCAAACGGUUCCUGUGCAGAGUAACAACCUCUCGUCAAGCCUGAACUUCAAUUGCGCCGCACUGGUGGUGCUCGGAGAGCUGCUCCAGCAGCCGCUGCGGAACCUCGAGAGGGUCUUGCGAGAGACCUCCGCCAAGCGCGCACGAGCGCGCCAACUGGAGGAAGAUACCUUUGUCAGCGGGAACAUCGUCUUGCUAGUCUUGUUCGGACCUACAGCGUUGAGCACCAUCUACGAGAACUGUAGCGAUCUCAUGGUCCUCGCCAGCAUGCUGGUGCUGGGUGGCUCGACGAUCCUGGUGGCCGCGAGACUAUGCCAGGCAUGGAAGCCGACCCGGCACCUGGGAACGAUCUUGCAGGCCCGGAUCCUGAACACGCCAGAGAAUUGGAGACAGAACCCUGCGCGGUCCGCCCUGGAAUCGACCUUCUUCACCGCCGUCGUUUGGGGCGUUUACGAGCUCCAUGGUGAUGCACUCUUUGCACUCCAGACGGGGUUCCUCUCGGGGAUGUCCAUUGUCAUCGCAAGCGAAGUCUUUGCGCAUGGUAUCAACUUCGAGGUCCAGGCAGAUGAUUCACAGCAGAUGGACACCAGUGUCCGUCCGGUGAUUCUGGGCUAUUUGAGUUUCAUGGUCUUUGUGUGUGUCUAUGCACAAGGGCAUCAAGCUGUAAAUAGUGCCGCGCUGUCUGUGAUCAUCAACAGCCUUCUUUGGGUCAUUAUGGGCAGAUGUUCUGUGAACACCGGCGUCUUGAAAGACCUGGGUAUGAUCGUCAACAAGAGGGCAUUGGAGGCUGCCGAGAACUGGACGAAGUUUCCGGUCCGAUCAGCGGCAGAGUGUGCUGCCUGGCUUUCUGGACAGUACCUAGGUCAUUGCUUUGAUUCGACCUUUGCCGGAGCUGUGUGCGGAAUCACCGCUGGUGUGGCAGCCGUCCUUUGCUCUGAGGCUGUUCAGGCCUUGCUCUCGUCGGAGGUGGCGAGUACUCCAAAGCCGAAAGCUGGCGGAUCGCCGGAGAGGGAAUGGAGCUGGGAGGAGGUGGAGAAGCAUACUUCUACAGAGGAUGCCUGGUUGGUCAUCGAUGGGCGAGUCUAUGAUGUCACCGACUUUGCCCCGCGGCAUCCAGGCGAUGCAAAAGCGGAUGCGAACGCGAGAAAGCAAAGCACGUCGCAUGGAGACCGAACGAACAGAGGCCAUUGGAAAAGCAUUUGA